AAAACCUGCAGGACACCGGCCCUCGAGUCCUGGAGUUGGAGGCCCCCUGUGAAUAGAUUUUUCAAGGCAGGACAUUUUGAUUUCCUACAAUGAGCAUGGUUUCCAGUUGCAAAUAUGAGAGGGAAAGCGGGGAGGGAUAAACAAUGCAAAACAGAUACAAAUAUAGCUGAUUGUGAAGUUCAGCUCUCUUUCUCUGUCUGAUGGUCAUGAUGUUUAGACUGAACCAAGGAGCACUUCUCAUUCCGCUAUUAGUGAUGUGGCAUGUCUUUGCAGGAAUCGCUAAAGACGACCACAGAGCUUUGCUGGUGUCCAGAGGAGACUCAGUGACGCUGAUCUGCAACACAAGACAGAAUAAUACAACCCUAAUCACCUGGACCAACGGCAGAUCUGUUUUUCAAUAUUCCAUUGUGCUGAAUAGCACCCAUUCAAAUUUCUCUUUCCAUAAACUGAAAAUAAAUCGUGAGUUACCUGCAAAGCUAAUUAUUUUUAGUGCUCAGCCUGAAGAUGGAGGACUUUAUACAUGCUACAUAACAGACAGAAGUGGUGUAAACAGCAUUACAUGGAAUUUAACUGUGUCUGAGGACCCCAGAGAUUCCAUUUCAUCAAAGUAUUUUCUAUACAUACUCCCAUCUGCAAUUGGAAUCCUUCUAUGUGGCAUCACACUAGCUGUCUUUAUCUGUGGAAAAAUUGUGAUGAAGACACUGAAUCAGGAUCCAGUCCAGGAUCAGUUUCCUCCCCAGUCAGGAGAAGAGGCAGUUCUUCCUCAACCACAGGGUGGCACUAUUUGUUGUAAAAAUAAAAAGCAGAGGCGUCAGUAUAUGGAGAGGGUGAAUACAAUCUAUGAUAAUGUCUAAAUGGAUUAACAAUCCACAAAAGGGAGCACCAUCAGAGGGAGGACAACAGUGCUACUAUAGCCAAUAGAACAAAUCCCUCUGCUUACAAGAAGCAGCCAAUUAGAAGAAGGUUUGUAUUAAAGAACACGAGAAGGGAACUAAACGUGUUGUUUCAGGGACAGGAUGAACUGCAGGCCUACCAAAUAAAUAGGGAUGGUAUGAAACUGUGAAUCAGAACAAGUCAAGUCCAAGUGUAACUUGAAUCCUUAGGAAUUUUCCCUAAAGUUUUCACUUUAUGACAAUAAUGUAUUCUCAGCUCAAGCUCAUUAAUGUUUUUUCCUCCAAGUUUUCAUUAUAAGCUUGUUACAGGGAGAUUGUUCAUUUUUUUUUUUAGCGUGUGUGUGUGUGUGUGUGUGUGAGAGAGAGAGAGAGAGGGAGAGCGAGGGAGGGACUGUUAUUCUGUCUGUGAACAAAAUAACUUGAAAGAAAAAACCUUGCAGAGUGGGGUCAUGUUAACGAUCCUUUAAAAUUUGGCUUAUGUCCACCAAGGCCUUCAAGGUCAACUUAAUGAUGAUUCUUACAAGUGUGGUGUGUAUUGUCAACAUGUAAAAAAAUUUGAAAAAUCUCUAUAAAGGUUUAAAAUAUCAUGCCAAAAUUUUAUUCAAGGUUGUGAUUGCCUGAAGGUAAAAGUAAUAAUAAGGCAAUUCGGAGCUGUUUAAAACUUUGUUUAUUGCUAUCAUUGUUUGUACUGACAACAUAUAAGGGAUAUAAGUGAAAUGGGGUCAAACUUUCAUAAAGGUACUGUCCCCUUAAAUGUAAAAACUGUUCU